AUGAAUCCAAUGAGUGGCCCAGGUGGUGCUUCAGCCUUAUGGCAGGAGGCGCGCAAUGCAGAUGGUCGAGUUUACUACUAUAAUGUGCAGACAAAAGCAACACAAUGGGCUAAGCCUGUGGAGAUGAUGACUCCGGUCGAGCGCGCCCUGGCAGAUCAACCCUGGAAGGAAUACACAGCAGAGGGUGGACGCAAGUAUUGGUACAACACGGAAAACAAGCAAAGCACAUGGGAGAUGCCCGAGGUUUACAAGAAUGCGCUCGCUCAGGCUCCUCCAACUCCAGCCGUUCCAACUGCGUACGUUGCUUCCUGUCUUUUUUCAAAUCGUGAACUAACUUUUCUUAGCGCGCCCUCUUUUGUUGCAGGCGGCUCCAGCUCCUACGGACACUCCCAGCGUGAACGCGAUGACUACGAUCGAGGUGACCGAGGUGACCGAGGCUACAAUGACCGACGUGGAUAUGGAAAUUUCGACACUAACGGAAUGGUUGCUGCACCGGCUUUCAAUACAUCUGAGCCUGAGUACGGCUCCAUCGAGGAAGCCGAGGGCGCCUUCAUGAAGAUGCUCAAGCGGCACAACGUGCAGCCCGAUUGGACGUGGGAACAAACUAUGCGGGCAACAAUCAAAGACCCGCAGUAUCGUUCUCUCAAGGACCCUCGAGACCGUCAAUCUGCCUUUGAGAAAUACGCGGUCGAGGUUCGCAUGCAGGAAAAGGACCGAGCGAAAGAAAGAUUCGCUAAGCUCCGCGCAGAUUUCAAUACCAUGCUGCAACGGCAUCCUGAGAUCAAGCAUUAUAGUCGCUGGAAAACCAUUCGUCCCAUUAUUGAAGGUGAGACUACUUUCCGGUCCACCAACGAUGAAAAUGAGAGGCGACAGCUCUUCGAAGAGUAUGUUGUCGAGCUCAGAAAAUCUCACUUUGAGCAAGAGGCGUCCAAGCGGAAGGCUGCCCUGGACGAGUUGGUCAGCAUACUUCAUGGUCUGGAUCUUGAGCCGUAUACGCGCUGGUCGGAGGCUCAGGCGGUCAUUGAGUCUAAUGAGAAGGUGCAGGGUGACGAUAAGUUCAAGACCCUGAGCAAAUCUGAUAUUUUAACUGCGUUUGAAGAUCACAUCAAGUCCUUGGAACGCACUUUCAAUGAUGCACGCCAGCAGCAGAAGGCUAUCCAAGCCCGCAAAGAGCGCCGCGGCCGAGAGCAGUUCAUUGAAUUGCUGAAAGAACUGCGGUCCCAGGGGAAGAUCAAGGCCGGCAGCAAGUGGAUGAACAUUCGUCCCCUGGUUCAAAAUGAUCCUAGAUACCAAGGUAUGCUGGGACAGUCUGGGUCAACCCCUCUCGAUCUGUUCUGGGACAUGGUCGAGGAGGAGGAGCGCUCACUCCGCGCUCCUCGCAAUGACGUGCUGGACGUUCUUGAUGACAAACGGUUUGAGGUUACCGCCAAGACUACUUUCGAUGAGUUCAAAUCUGCCGUUGAGUCUGAUCGUCGCACCUCCAAAAUUGAUCCGGAGAUUCUUCAACUUCUUUUCCAGCGCAUUCAAGACAAAGCUAUCCGUCGUGACGAAGAAGAGAAACACGCCGCUGAUCGCCAUCAGCGCCGUGCUGUUGAUGCUCUCCGAUCUCGGAUUAAGCGCCUUGAACCCCCGGUUCGUACCACAGACACGUGGGAGCAGGUCCAGCCCCGUUUAGAAAAGUACGAAGAAUACAAGGCCGUCGAAACCGACGAACUGCGAGAGUCUGCAUUCGAGAAGGUUAUCCGACGUCUUAAAGAAAAGGAGGAAGACCUCGAGAAGGACCGCGAACUACGAGACCGCGACAGAAGCCGCCGGGACUACGAUCGCGAAUAUCGCAGCCGAGGGGAACGACGAGGUGGCAGUCGCGUCAGCCGCAGUCCAGAGCCUGAUGCUUACGAAGCAGACCGUCGCAAGGCCCAAGCGGAUCGCGAACGCUCGUACCGCACCCGCGACGAUCGCGAUCGUGACAGAGACAGUCGGUCAGAGCGCCAUCGUGAGCGCGAACCUCGCGACCGUGACCUGGACGGUGGUCGCCGUCCCGGCAGAGAUCUUGACCGUCGGGAAGACGAACGUGAGCGUCUGUACCGCACUCGCGGCGACCCACGUGGUAGCCGUGACGAACUUGAUUACGGGGAUACUCGCAGCACGGCCAGUGGUGGAGACCGCAGACGCAGACGGGAGAGCGACACUGAGAGCGUAGCCAGCCGAUCCGUGAAGCGCUAUCGUCGGGAUAGUCGUGAACGGGAACGCAGCAAGGGGCCUCGACGAGACCGUGCCCGAGAACGUUCAGCUAUUCCUGAAGAAGAGGCAAAGAAUGAUGAAAAGGCCAUACAUUCCGGCAGUGAAGAAGGCGAGAUCGAAGAGGACUAG